GCCAGAAUGUCAACCAAUCUCCUCUUAUCAAUUUUGUUGGAACCUCCCAGCGCGAUUCUACGUGGAUUCUGGGUCGAUGCAGGCCAGCCAAGCCCAGAUGAGCCCUGGCACUCGACACUUGCAAGUAUUUGGACUGGGUUUGUGAAAGUGCCGGUAUUAUGGCGACUGCAUAUGGUACUCCGUUUCGUGAAGUUUCUUUGCAUAAUCGAGACGUUGAAUGUCCCCAAACCCCACAGCGCAGCCGCUUUAUCGAAAUGGUACACAUCCAAUGUGUUGCAGGCAAUUCAUUUGUUGCUGUUUCUGCUCGAUUGGAUACCAGGGCGCAUCUUCCGGAAGGAAAUCUUCAGACCGAAAAGCGGGGUCCGUAUAAGGCAGUUGUGGCUCAUAUACUUAUCCGCAACCAGCGUUCAAAUUUUCUCGACGGUGGCGUUAUCAGUCAUCAUCCCAGACUACUGGUUCGGCAUUAUCCAGUGCCUCAUUGCGGCCUUUAAUUUGUAUUACUGCUUCCGUAUGGAUCGAUUGAGGCCUCAGUUUGAAGAUUUGCGGGCUAGGAUUGACACAGUCGAUGCACGUUACGAGCCUACUGUUGAUCGAUCUCGAAACCAAAUAGGAGGCUCAGUAUCACUCAAUGAUAUGAACGUGGAUGUGCCAAACGGGCCACUCGCCGAGUCAUUUCAAGACCAGCAACGCCAACUGCAUGGUUCUGGAUUUCUGGAAGAAAGCCAUGAGCCUGGUGUGGGACUGUCACAACUUUCUAGCUCGCCCCCCACUGAAGUGGUCAAUGAAGACCGUCCUGGAGAUAACCCAGAACCCAAGGAACUCGGGGACACGCCAAGCGAAGCCCCGAAUUGCUUGAACUUUGACAUUGUCAGUAUUUCUGUAUUGGCUAAGUAG